UCUUAUCCAAGCAACCUGGGCAUAAUGAAAUUCCUCUGAUGUGGCACCUUAUCCAUAAAUCCUUUUCUAUUUGUUUUCUAUUUGUAUUACAAAUAGUUUAAAUAAAUAAAAAAAACAGCAUCAAAAAGUAGCACCUGAAAAUUCAAAACCUCAUCAAUAAUGGCAUCAGUAACUCCAUUCAAGUCCCAAUUUGCGACAAAUCCAUUGCAACAAACACAAACAACACCCAGAAAGUUGUGUAUUUUACCCAUUAAGCAGAAGAAGAGGUUUUCGGUGAAGGCUGCAGUCGGAGAUCUCUCGUCUGAUAGUACUACUUAUUUGAUUGCUGGUGCAGCUGUUGUUGCACUCGUUGGUACUGCGUUUCCCAUCAUCUUUUCUCGCAAGGAUACCUGCCCGGAGUGUGAUGGUGCUGGUUUCGUAAGGAAAUCAGGAAGCACGCUCAGGGCUAAUGCAGCUCGUAAGGAUCAAGCUCAGAUUGUUUGUGCUACUUGCAAUGGCCUCGGCAAGCUUAAUCAGAUCGAUAAAUGAUCACUCUAAGAUUGUCUUAUGUUUUUGGCCUUCAUCUUCAUGACUUCUUUGGAAUAGCCUACUUUGGGAAGUCAUAUUUACAAAUUUUUAGAUUCUAAUGUCUUCUUACAGCCCGUUUGAUAAGUGGUAUUAAACGUUAGUAAUGGGAAUGAAAACCAGUGUAAUUUUGGUUGAAAAAUCUCUUGGCUACCUUAAUAGCCAUGUUUGUCCAACUUCAAUCAUCUCAUUUUCUUGAUAAAAUUCAUUCCAAUACAAAACUAAUAGGAGAGGUGAUAUUAGGUGGUAAUGGAAAUUUAUAAACAAAAAAUUUUUUUUUAAUCAAAGUUUCAUCACUAUGGGAAUAACAUGGAACUUUUGAUGAAAUUACACAAUAAAUCAUUACCAUUACCAUUAUUUAGUACCACUAACCAAACGGGCCGUGUAUUGAUAGUAUCAAAGUAAGACAAUAAACUUGUUAUAAUUCUUAUAAGUGCAAAUACUUCAAAUAGUUUGGUCGUUGUAUUACUUUUCCAACAAAAAUAAAACAUAUGAUAUGUUGUUUCUGUGAA